GCCCUAAUUCUUAGCUGACUCAACACUCUCAGAUCUCAGUCUAUAUAAUAUCAUGUGUACUAUUUAUUCUUCAUCAGCCUUCCUCCUAGUAGUAUGCUCCUUACUGAGCUUAGUAUUUUGUGCGCAAGACGCAGGACAAAUGAUUGACAGCAUAGAGCAAGAUGGAUACUACAGAAGAGAAUACUCUUUGACACAGCCAUAUCAUGGCACAGGUAUGGACGUUCCUAACUGGGAGUUUGGAGGCAGCACUGUGGUGAGCACCAACUACGUGAGGCUUACCCCUGACAGACAGAGCAAAAACGGAAUGCUUUGGAACACCGUGCCAGUGGUGAUGCACAACUGGGAGAUUCUGAUUCACUUUGCAGUCCACGGUCAAGGCAAGACUUUGUUUGGGGAUGGCUCUGCGAUAUGGUACACUAAGGAAAGAGGGGAGAAGGGGCCUGUGCUUGGUAACCGUGAUUACUUUACUGGCCUUGGGGUGUUUCUAGACACCUAUAGCAACCAUAAUGGAGAGCAUGUGCAUGACCAUCCGUAUAUUUCAGCAAUGGUGAACAACGGCUCUGUUCAUUAUGACCAUGACCGAGAUGGCACUCACAGUCAAAUGGCAGGAUGCUCUGUGAAAUUUCGGAAUUCCCAGCAGGAUACUUUUGUUGCUAUUUCAUACAUCAACAGACAAGUGAUGGUAAUGACAAACAUUGAUGGGAAUGAUGACUGGAAAACCUGCUUUGUUGUGAACGACGUUGAUCUACCAACGGGCUACUAUUUUGGGGCGACAGCAGCCACUGGUGAUCUGGCAGAUAACCAUGACAUCAUCUCUGUGAGGGUAUAUGAUGUAGAUGACAACUCAGAUGAACCAGACUUUGAGGCCCCGGACUGGUCGACUAUCAAGCCUAAGGCUAAGAAUGCUGAAUCACCUAGAGAUCAUGUGAAGGACGUUCAAGGCUGGCUGAGUCCUAAAGCUUAUCAGAUUAUCUCCAUUGUGCUCAUCAUUGUCUUAGUGUUGGGAGUCAUAACAGCUGUUGUUGGAGGAUUUGCUUUUGUCAAGCACCAAGAGAAAAACAAGAAGAGAUUUUUUUAGUCUAUACCCAUGCAUGCAUGCACUCUUCAAUUUUCCCUGUGGACUUGAUUGGCUCUAUGACCAUUGCUCUUACAUUG